UCUCAUUGUCACAUUUCUUUCUCCAUCGCGCUCUCUCUCUCUCUCUCUCCCCUCUCUCUCUCUCUGCAUCUCCAAGCUUAACAACUGUAACUCCUUUUUCCCAAUCGAAGAAAAACAACACCAAAAAUGUCGUGGCAAACUUACGUCGAUGACCACUUGUUGUGCGAGAUCGAAGAGACCGGCAACCACCUCACCGCCGCCGCUAUCCUCGGCGUUGACGGCAGCGUCUGGGCUCAGAGUGCCAGUUUUCCUCAGUUCAAGCCAGAAGAAAUAGCUGCUAUUGUGAAGGAUUUUGAUGAGCCUGGAAGCCUUGCUCCCACCGGGCUGUUCCUUGGCGGUAUCAAGUACAUGGUUAUUCAAGGUGAACCCGGGGCUGUUAUUCGUGGCAAGAAGGGUGCUGGUGGCAUUUGUGUGAAGAAGACCGCGCAAGCCUUGGUUAUCGGUAUAUACGAUGAGCCUGUGACUCCUGGUCAGUGCAACAUCAUUGUUGAAAAGCUGGGUGAUUAUCUCAUUGAGCAGGGUCUCUAAAUAGCUUGGUUAAUAUUUACAUAUUUGAUGUACACAAAGGAGCUUGGUGUGGAUUUGCUGCUCUAUAAAGUGGGGAUUGGCUUUCUAUUGUGAACUUUUAGCCUUUGUUCCUUUUCCCUUAAAAGGGGGUUGUGUUAAAUUUUUCUGGCAUCAGAUGAGAAGCUUUUUGAUGUAUUUUGUAUGAAUUGUUUGCUUUAAUCUUGGAGAUAGUUGAUCCA